CCUAAAUUUUCGUGACAAAAUAAGAAAAUCAGAAGUUUAUCAAAUUUUGAAAUUCCAAUAGGAAUUACGUAUUUGCACCAUGAAUAUAUGUGUAAGAAAUAACUUUCUCAGAAGUAAUUUAAUGAGCAGUGUGUGUCGUUUCUCAACUACAGUGCCAGAAGUCGAGCCAAAUGAGCCAACUUUCAUCAUAGAUGAUACAGAAGAUGCGCAAGCUAAAGAGGCUGAAAUACAAAAGAAGCGGAAUAAGUCUGGUUUGUCUAAAGCCCAUUAUAACUUGAUGAAUGACAAACGACCUUAUGAGGAACCGCACUGCUUAGCACACUUAACAGUAAAAUACCAUAGAAAAAUGUAUGGAAAAUAUGGAAUCGCAAGUGGUGUUAAUCCUAGUUUGUGCUGGCCAACAAAACAAGAAAUACAAGAAAGAAUUGAAUAUGAAACAGUUGCAUUCCCUUAUACUAUAAAGGAGGUGAUGGAAAGUGCAGCACAGAGGAGGAAAGAAGAAAAAUUGAGAAUCCUUCAGCGUGACCGUGAAGUUGCCGAAAAGUUCGCCAAGUUGGAUGCCUGGAAGAAAGAUUUGCAUGAAAGAAUAGCUAAAAAGGAAGCUGAAGUUAAAGCUGCUAAGCUAAAGAAAGAGCGCUUAGUGGAGGAAGUAAGAAGGCACUUUGGCUUCACCCUUGAUCCCAGAGAUGAGAGAUUCCAAGAGAUGCUGGCAAAGAGAGAAAAGGAGCAAAAGAAACAAGAGAAAUUAGCCAAACGAGAGGAAAAAGAAAAAUUAAUGAUCGCCAAACUCCAGCAGCAGAGUGCAGAAGUUAAAUAAUAUUAUCAUCUAUUUUAAAAGUAGUUUGAGAAUUAGUUGUGUUAUGAAAAUAAAUUAGGCUCACUGAAACAAU